AUGUCAACGGAAAGAGCUACGUGGAGCUACACGUAUGAGAAGGGACUUGUGGAUAUUCUGAAAGAGCUUGCCAACGUCCCAAUGUUUAAGGGACAAAAUGGGUGGACUGCUGAAGGUUGGAGGAAUAUCACAAACAAAUUCAAUGAUAUGUUUCCAACGACACAUUUCACGAAGCAACAAGUGCAAGAAAAGGAGAAAGAGCUAAAAGGAAACUAUAAGAUAAUAAAAGAAGCGAGGAAAAGUGGUGUUGGCUGGAAUGACACUUUGGGUAUGAUCAUUGCAGAACCAAAAGGAUGGGAAAAGUUGAUUAAGGAUAACCACAAAGUUGCCAAGUUCCGUAAGAAGCCAUUUCCUUUAUUUAACAGCUUGGAAUUAUUGUAUGAAGGAAGUGUGGCCACAGGGGAUUUAAAUUUUACAUCAAUUCAGCCACCACCACAAAGAACUGAACCCACUCCCCAUAACAGUGAGCUGCCAACUGAACCCACUCCCCAAACAAGUAUCUCAGAGCAAAGCAAUCAUAGCAUGGCAUCUAUUGAUAGAAAUCUACUCAGUUUUGGACUUGGUGGUGUAGAAAGCAUAGAAGUUCAAUCUGCUCCAGCUAGUCGUAAUUCAGAGGACCAAGAUGUUACCGGUGGAAAGAAACGCAAACAAAGUCAGAUGGCUGCAAAACUUGGGGAUUACAUUGACUUUAGAAAGGAUCAAAUUGGAAAAACUCUAGAAAAGUUAGAAGAGAAGAGAAAACGUGAAGAAGACUACUCAAUUGAGAAAUGUAUUGACAUUGUGGAUGCCAUGGAAGGGCUAUCGGAUGAACAAAAAGCUGAUGCAAAUGAAGUUUUCCAAAGUGAAACAAACAGAAAAAUAUUAGUGGGCACAAAAAACCCAAAUGUCCGGCUGAUUUGGUUGAAGAAAAAGAUUGCUCAGAAUCAGUGA